CCGAAACGAAACGUGCACCACCGGUUUUGAAUAGAUGAAUGAAUUGAUUAAUGAUUGUCAUGCUGAUUAGAUUGAUCGAACUUCUAUUCACUCUCGGUCUCCCUCGAACUUCUUUUGAAGCCGAGACAUUUAAAUCCCCUUCUGAUAGCGUGCACUCCAUUACCGGCAGCAUAAACGGAUUUUGAUCGUAGGCCUACCAGAAUUAAGAAUCUUAUUGCAACUGUAGUCCAACGCAUUCAAUUUUGUGUGUGAAUCCUGCCACUGAUGCUCUUCAUAUAACCAUGGCUUCAUCAUCAUCCUCAUCAUUGCCGUCCUCCCCUUCAUCCUCAAUGCCAUCAAGAGCAGAGGAUUGGACCCCUGAAGAUGGGGGUCUUCAUGAGGCCUGUGGUGUAUUUGGAUGUGUCGCUGCAGGAGAGUGGCCCACGCAGCUAGAUAUACCUCAGCUAAUCACACUGGGUUUGACUGGACUCCAACACAGAGGUCAAGAGAGCGCCGGUAUCAUCACGAGCCAGGGUUCAUCCAAGAACUACCGCAAGCAUAAAGGCAUGGGUAUGGUUAGUGCAAUCUUCACAGACGAGAUCCUAGCCAAUCUACAUGGUAAUCUGGGCAUUGGUCACAAUCGCUACUCCACAGCCGGGGCAUCUGAGCUCUUGAACUGCCAGCCGUUUGAUGUGGAGACGGUCCAUGGACGCAUCGCUGUGGCGCAUAAUGGAGAGCUGGUGAAUGCUGCUCAACUUAGGAUGAAGGUGCUUAAACACGGUGUAGGUCUGUCGACUGGUUCAGACUCUGAGGUCAUCACCCAGCUGCUGACCCACGCCCCUCCCGAGGGGGAACCUGAAGGCCCCAACUGGCUUGGUAGGAUACGUCAACUGAUGAAUGAGGCUCUCAUGGCUUACUCCCUUCUCAUCCUCCAUGAAAGCUCCAUCUAUGCCGUCCGGGAUCCCUACGGCAACAGGCCCCUCUGUAUCGGGAGGCUUGUCCAUGCAAGACAUAGUGUUGACUGUCCAAAGGAUGAUGAUGUGGAGGGCUGGGUGGUCUCCUCCGAAUCCUGCUCCUUCCAAUCUAUUGGUGCACAAUACUACCGAGAGGUCCUUCCUGGGGAGAUCGUUGAGAUCUCAAAGACUGGUAUCAAAUCUCUGGCCAUUGUACCCCGUCCGGCUGAAGACCCACAGGCUUUCUGCAUCUUUGAGUAUGUCUACUUCUCAAGACCCGACACCAUUCUUGAAGGACAAAUGGUAUAUUCGGUGCGGAGGAGGUGUGGUCAGCGGUUGGCUCAAGAGUCUCCUGUUGAAGCAGACAUCGUGAGCACCGUCCCAGAGUCUGCAACCCCAGCAGCUCUAGGCUUCUCACAUGUGUCUGGCAUCCCAUACAUGGAAGUGUUGACCAAGAACAGGUAUGUGGGAAGGACAUUCAUCCAGCCCAACCAGAGACUGAGACAGCUGGGUGUUGCAAAGAAGUUUGGCGCUCUCACAGAGAACUUCAAGGGCAAGCGCAUUAUCAUCAUUGACGAUUCCAUUGUGAGGGGAACAACGAUUGGUCCCAUCAUCAAACUUCUAAAAAAGUCUGGAGCAAAAGAGGUUCACAUACGAGUUGCAUCCCCACCAGUCACCAACCCUUGCUACAUGGGCAUCAACAUCCCCACUAAGGAGGAGCUCGUUGCCAACCGAAUCCCGGUUGACCGUCUGGCAGGUUACUUCAACGCAGACAGCAUCGCAUACCUGUCAAUAGAGGGCCUCCGAAUGGCAGUCACCGAAGGCAUGCAGAUCGAGGAAAGCAAAAAACAGAAGCGUCUUCACUGUACAGCUUGCCUGACCGGAGAGUAUCCAGUCAAACUGGAAUGGUGAUAGCAGCACCUUGGAAGUGUGAGAGUGGCUACCAUUAAAACAAGGCUUGCAUUUGACUGUAGACCUUUGCCAAGAGACUUGUCUGCUGUUUGUGCUCCUUGCAAAGAUGUUAACCCAUCAUUGUAUUGUAAUUUAGAUCAUGUUGUGUGCUGAGUCUGCCACUAUCUUCAAAUCACCUUCUGCCGGUGAACCUCUUGGCAUCAUAUUAUUAAUGUAAGCUCAAGACUGCAGGGUGUUACCAGUAGGUACUUGACAUGGAACAUUCAGUGAUAUCAUGAGACAAAAUGGUGAACCGAUAAACACUGAUUAGUGAAGUGAUCAUUGAGACAUUGUCCUGCUAAUACUUUGCUGGUGUAUUUAUGUAUUUAUUCUUGCACUACUUCAUGUAUUGAUAAGAGCACUAUACUAACUACCCACUGGCAUCCUACUGCUAUAUUUUACACAGUUGAUGGUGCUCAGAGCACAUUUAGGCUUGUACUCUGCUGCCAAGAUGAGAAUUAGAUUUUUACAAUUUUAGAAAGUCUUAAAUCAUCAGCAUAUGUAGUAUAAAAUCGUAUGUACAAUAAGAGCUAUUUUGAAAAAGAAUGUAUCAGAGCUAUGAUAUGCUCAAUAUGCUGUGAAGGUUUCUUGUACAGUAUGCAAUUACAUGUAUGUUAGUACUUGGUAGUGUGUGCUGUCACCACAUUCCAAUUAUUGGUUUAUAGAAUGUGGUUUACGAAACAGCAUUUUUUUCGUUAGGAGAGAGAUUUCACCGCAUGGGUAAAGUGUUGAGGUUUUUUUUUAUUUCUUUCUAUUAAAAUGUGGAUACCGGUAAGUGGAUGCUAGUUCUUCUAAUUCCUACUAAAGUCACUGGAUUUUCAAAAAAAUAAAUAUUAGAUAAAUCAUAUAACUACAUUUACAUAUCCUAAUAUAACAUCAUAUUUAUAGAAAAUAAAUUGUGUGGCAUGACACAAAUAAAUUUCUUGUGAGUGAGAAAAUUAAAGUACCUGCAAGAUUUAAAAAAAGGACAUACCAUUCAACAUCAUUACUUGUAGUUUAGGCUGAAGGUCUAUGAAAUAAACUCCAGAAAUAUGCUGCCAAUUGGAGUUGUAAUAACAUACUUCAACUUAUUUGGAAAUGUAUACAGUAUGUAUGUCCUUGUCCUUGCAAAUAUCAAGGGGAACAAGAUUGUACUUUUACUUGAAAAUAGUACAUAUUUUGCUCCAGAUAUGUUAUUCCUGUUUUAUUCAUUUAUUUUGCAACUGAAAUGUAUGUAAACCGAGUACUGUGUUUUUAAAUGGAGUUGUACAUAUUUACUUGUCCUCAGAGAAAAUUGUCAAACAUUUGUAUAUCUAUGUUUCAUUGAGGGUCCAUUAUUUUGUCAAGACAUGUUUGUAUUCAUCACCCUGUUUCUUAUCAGCUCUGAUGAAAUGAAUUUGUUGUAAAGAUUACAGUAUUUAUGUGGAAUUUUUAUUUGUCAAACCUGUAUAGAAAGACCAUUCAAGGGAGACACAAAAUGUGGUCUUUUGGGGUAGGUGGUCUGUUCAUUCAUGUUUUCUAAAAGGUAUUUUUAAUGAUGAACAUCAUUUCAAUGGAACCAAAAAAA